AUGGCUACUAUGAUCAGGAACAAGCUGUCGAAUGUGGCCACCUCAGUGUCCAAUAAGUCCCAGGCCAAGGUCAGUGGAAUGUUUGCCAGAAUGGGCUUCCAGGCUGCCACCGAUGAAGAAGCGGUUGGUUUUGCGCAUUGUGAUGACCUGGACAUAGACCACAGGCAGGGGCUGCAGAUGGACAUUUUGAAGACAGAGGUUCCUACUGGGGAUGUUCCUGCUGAGGGGGACACUACGUACCAAAGAGAUGGCACAGGACCCCCUCCGGCUGGCUCUGAGGAUGAAGGAGCUUGGUCUGAGCUAUCAUCUGCUGGAAGACCCAAAAUUACAGCUUGGGAGGCCGGCUGGAAUGUCACCAACGCCAUCCAGGGGAUGUUCGUUUUGGGAUUACCCUAUGCCAUCCUUCAUGGUGGGUACUUGGGACUAUUCCUAAUUAUCUUUGCUGCUGUUGUAUGUUGCUACACGGGGAAGAUUCUGAUUGCUUGCCUUUAUGAAGAAAAUGAAGAUGGUGAGAUAGUGAGGGUGAGAGACUCCUAUGUGGAUAUUGCUAAUGCUUGUUGUGCACCCCGAUUCCCCAAACUUGGAGGAAGAAUAGUUAAUGUGGCUCAGAUCAUUGAACUGGUUAUGACUUGUAUUCUGUAUGUGGUAGUGAGCGGCAACUUGAUGUACAACAGCUUUCCAAACCUGCCUAUCUCCCAGAAGUCCUGGUCAAUUAUUGCAACUGCAGCUCUCCUACCAUGUGCAUUCCUCAAAAACCUUAAGGCUGUGUCCAAGUUCAGCUUGUUAUGUACCUUAGCUCACUUUGUCAUCAACAUCCUUGUGAUUGCCUACUGUCUGUCCAGAGCAAAGGACUGGGCUUGGGACAAAGUCAAAUUCUACAUAGACGUGAAGAAGUUUCCCAUCUCCAUAGGCAUCAUUGUUUUCAGCUACACCUCUCAGAUCUUCCUGCCAUCCUUGGAAGGAAACAUGCAGACCCCAAAAGAAUUCCACUGCAUGAUGAACUGGACUCACAUUGCAGCCUGCAUCCUGAAGGGACUUUUUGCUCUUGUGGCCUACUUGACCUGGGCAGAUGAAACCAAGGAGGUCAUUACAGACAACUUACCCUCCACCAUCAGGGCAGUAGUCAACAUUUUCUUGGUGUCUAAAGCCCUGCUUUCCUAUCCAUUACCCUUCUUUGCUGCAGUGGAAGUCUUAGAGAAAUCUCUCUUCCAAGAGGGCACCAGGUCAAUAUUUCCAAACUGCUAUGGGGGUGAUGGGAGACUGAAAGCCUGGGGCCUCAGUCUGAGGUGCGCCUUGGUAAUUUCAACCCUGCUUAUGGCCAUCUAUGUGCCCCAUUUUGCCCUUUUGAUGGGUCUUACUGGCAGCCUCACAGGAGCUGGUCUUUGCUUCCUCCUUCCUAGCCUCUUCCAUCUCAAGCUUCUGUGGAGGAAGCUCCAAUGGCACCAUGUGUUCUUUGAUGUCUCCAUUUUUGUCAUUGGCUCCAUUUGCAGCGUUUCUGGCUUUGUGCACUCUUUAGAGGGGCUAGUAGAAGCCUUUAAAUACAAUAUAGAAGAUUAAAUGUUAAAUAUGGGAGGUGGUCAUUUGCCUCACCAAAAUUAUGCAUCAAUUUAUACUGGUAUUUUCAUUUUAGCACUCCAUAUUACCUCCUACUCUUAGGAGGGACCAGCAAGAAUUAGCAGGCCUCUCUAUCAUCAAAUGUUAAUCCAUUCAAAUGGCAUCUGUUUAACUUAUUUUUUUUAUUCCUGGAAGAAAAAGCUAGUUUAAAAAAAUGUAUAUGUAUAUGAUUU